GUUUUCUCGACCUUGUGCAACCUAACGUUUAAGCGUUAGCCAGGUUCCCGGGCUCGGUUUUCGCGUACGUCGGCCGGGUCCAACGGUCUGUUUGGAACCUCGAUGCUCUGUUGUCGGAGUGAGGAAUAUAUAGAACAAAACAGAAUUAAUAAAGAAAUUGAGAAACAGUUGAAGCGGGACAAAAAGGAUGCUAGACGGGAGUUCAAGCUGCUAUUAUUGGGCACUGGAGAGUCAGGAAAAAGCACAUUUAUCAAGCAAAUGCGCAUUAUCCAUGGUACUGGCUAUUCGGAUGAAGAGCGGCGGACCUAUGUCUACAAUGAUCCGAGCAAUGGAACAUUUGAAAAUUGCCUAUGAGAAUCCGAGUAAUUGCACUCACGCGGAUAUCAUCCGUGAAGUGGACUACGAGUCAGUAACUACAAUGGAUCCCCAGCACAUUGUGGCCAUACGUUCGUUAUGGGAGGACCCAGGGAUUGUGGAGUGCUACGACCGACGGCGAGAAUAUCAGUUGACAGACUCCGCCAAGUAUUACUUGGACAACCUCGACCGGGUUUCACAGCCAGAUUACUUGCCAACUUUGCAAGACAUCCUCCGCGUCCGCGUACCAACAACAGGAAUAGUUGAAUAUCCUUUUGAUUUGAAUUCGACCAUCUUUCGCAUGGUUGACGUUGGCGGCCAACGCUCAGAACGUCGAAAAUGGAUCCACUGCUUCGAAAGUGUUACCUCCAUCAUGUUCCUGGUCGCAUUGUCCGAAUACGAUCAAGUGCUGGUGGAAUCGGACAACGAAAACCGCAUGGAGGAAAGCAAAGCACUAUUCCGCACGAUUAUAACCUAUCCAUGGUUCCAGCGGUCUUCUGUGAUGCUCUUCUUGAAUAAGAAGGAUUUACUGGAGGAGAAGGUCAUGUAUUCCCACUUGGUGGACUACUUUCCUGAGUACGACGGCCCCCAAAGGGAUGCUGAAAGCGCCAGAGAUUUCAUCCUGAAGAUGUUUGUCGAGCUUAAUCCUGAUCCGCACAAGAUAAUCUAUUCCCACUUCACUUGCGCCACAGACACUGAGAAUAUACGGUUUGUUUUUGCCGCUGUCAAAGACACUAUCCUCCAACUCAAUCUGGCUGAGUACAACUUGGUCUGACCUUGUGAUCCAUUCAAGCAAUAAUUGCUUUAUGGGCAACUAUAUCCUUGGUACUCUGCGCGCUUCUUCUCUUUGAAACCUCGGUUUGCCACAUACGCACCGCCAAAGCGCCUCUGCUUCCUUCCACUCGGGUGACACCGUUACUGAUGCCUGCUACACUUUCAAUCGGCUGGUUCCGUUCUUUUCCCUGCUAUCCUGUUCUUCUCAUCCCCACAUCUCAGUGCGCUUGAAAUCUCCCCUCUGUGACCCAUGAUCCGCUUAAAUUAUGUUUGUAGUGUGUUCCUGGGAGCUUUAACGUCCCUGAAGGUAGGCUGAUCAGGUAUCAGUAGCCAUUGCAGACACCCUUGGGCGCUUCCUUUACCAACCACUGUUUACAAGCACGUCUGUGUUUGAGACAGCUGCAUCCAUCCUGUCUACUUUUCCACCGGCGAUGCAUGUACCCUUUUUAUUUUUUUUCGGAACGAAGCACCGGUUCAUCCACUCCGGCUGUAUGUAGACAUUUAUGGUGCUUAUUAUUUUCUAUCUCUUUUUGUCCUUGACCGGUGGUGUGUAUUUGUGUAUCCAGGAAGCACUCGGCUGAACUUUGUGAAGCACACGCAGCUGCGCAUGCGCGACUUUGGUCCAUACAUGGUGUGAUGCUUACUCUUUGCCCAUAACUUUUGAUGUCGCUAUCCAAAUGAGAAGUGUUGGCAAUUAUCAUGUUCACAACGAGUUGAAUGCACCUGCCGAUGAACUUCUAGUCCUCUCCGACUUGUUCCCUUUCUAUGCUUGCUUGUUCACUCUGAAUAUGCACCACAACGCACUUCCGCUGCCACAUUGCGGACUUUCCCAUACGCACAGAUCAAUUCUCAGGUUGGUGAAUUUGUCAACACCAACUGAUUAAGCAUUUUCUGUAUUAUUUUUAGGGUUCUUUUUGUUUUCUUUGUUCAAGUCUUUCAUACAUAGUUAUCCCUGUACUUUUAUGAACUUAUGACCCCUUUGUUUUUUUAUCCUAAACUCUCAUCCGCUUU